UUAUCCUUUGCUUACAAUUUUGUAAUAAGCUUUAGAAUUUAUAUUUCAUUUUGAUAAAAUUUGAUUUUAUAUUUACCAAAACAUUAAUUAAAAGAAAAAUUUAACACAUAAUUUUUAUAUUUACCAAAGUACACUUUUAUUUUAUUUUCAAAUUUUAUUUAUGAUAUAGUUUUUUCUCAAAUACAUACUAACUUUGUGAUUUGCAGCAAGGGACAACCUUGUUUUUCUCCAACAUUGGUUCUCUAAAUUUUACAAGUUCAAAACCAAUGACUUUUUUAUCGCGGGAGAGGGCUAUGCAGGACAUUAUGCACCCCAACUUGCUCAGCUUAUUCUCCACCAAAGCCAAUAUAAAUCUAAAAGGGAUAGCUAUAGAAAAUCCUCUUUUGGAAUUUAAUACCGAUUUUAACUCCAUUGCGGAUUUUUUAUGGCUUCGUGGACAUCUAUCAUCGUCAACGUAUGAGAUGUUAAAAAGUGUUUGUGACUAUGCCACAAUAAAGCGACAACAUAGAACUGGUGAAUUUACUACCAAAAAAUCAAGCAUACCUACAGGACAGAGUUGGAUGCAAAUGUUUCAAAAUCAUUCUUGUGGUCUUGAAUCAAGCCGUAUAGCGAUUGAUAUUGAAGUUGUUGUUCAUCAUAUCGAUCUUGUUGUAGCUGUUGCAUGGUUUGGAACUGGAGCUGUUGUGAUUGAUAUUGAAGUUGCUGUUCAUUAUAUCUCUCUUGUUGAAGUUGUUGCAUGGUCUGGAACUGGAGCUGUUGUGAUUCAAAAUGUUGUUGUUGUUGAAGUCGCAUAUUUUCAAGCAUGGAGAUAA